AUGGAGGACCUCAGUUAUCGCGGUGCAAUGGUGAUGCCGCUACCGAUGGUGCAUCUCCGCAGGUGCCACAAUCCGGAAAAGGCCCUCGUUGUCUAUCAAAACGCAAAGGGUAAGGGAGAAGCCGCUGUUCAGGAGCUCCUUGCGCGUGCCCGGAUUAUUGUCCCGGCACUCAUGAACUACCUUUUCUUCAGCAGCACACACGUUGCGGUGCUUUAUUUGGGGAAGAAAGUCGUAGAUGGCAAAAAGUUGGGUGUUGAGGAGGGUGCAGUGGACAUGAAGAUCCGGAUGCUUCGCUACCUGACAACCGACAUGUGGCCGCCGCUGCUGCGCACGGAUGCGCCUGAAGACUCCGGCAUGGCGGAGUUUCCCUUCUCUAGCUAUGGCGAGAGCCUUCUGGAAGACCUCCCACCGGGAGAGGCAAAGCUGGGGAAUGUUUGCCGGGAGACAUCCAUCAAGUUCCUAAGGCUGGUGGCGCUGCAGCGUAGCAUGGAAGUGUUGGUGUACGUCAAAAAUGGCGUGGCGGGGAUGAAGUACCUCAAACUGAUCCUUCGCAAUACGAUGGAGCGAGUACAUUUUGACGUGAUCGACACAAGGGAUGAGAAACAUCGCUGGGAGGAGCGCAAACUUUUCGUGCGCAUCCUUGACAACUUGGAGACGCAGAGGGCCAUCCCAAGUUUUGAGGCCUAUGAGUCCUACUUUCGAGAGGCGUGCACGGUGGCGGCUCGAUUGUCCGUACAUCAUGCAAUACUGAAGAAGCGUGUGGUGGUGGUAGACUCAAGAAGCGGGGGAGGAAAGGAGGACGCCGGCGAGGAGCGCCAACAUAGCUGGAUGGCAAAACUAUCCAAGCCAGAGGGAUCCAUGCUGGAUUACAAGAGUUACAUUUUUGAUACGGUGGCCGAGAUAAAAUACAAUUGCAUCCGUUUCAUGUGUGGCUUUCUAAACGCGUACAUGGAGGGAAAACUCGUCAUUGGUGUCCAUGAAGUCCCUCGGCGGAACCCCGAUGGCUCGAUUCCUCCCUUUGGUGAUGGAAAGAAUAGCAUUAUCCGUCACGAUGACUUGGUGGAUCAAUAUGUAGUGGGUGUAUGUCUCACCGCGGCUGACUUGGAAGAUAUUCAACAGAGCCUCUCUCAGCAACUGCUGGAGUGUGUCCCACCUGUACCACCAGAGGCAGUUCGUGUAGUCGUGUUGCCUGUGCAGUUCCCAAAAAACUUUAAAAUUUCAAGUCGUGUUUUGGUGCUUUGCGAUAAUGAGGCAAAUGGUUACGGGAAUGCAAUAAAGCAAAAGAUAUUUUGUGCCCUGCAUCACUUGGUUCCACAGGGUCUUGCACUAGUGGUUGUUCGGAGCCAAACGCUACAGCAGGCUUUUUUGCAGGAUGGCGAAUGCUUCCAUAAGCACAAGAUAGGGUUUUACGGUGUGGCGGCUGUACAGGAACCCUUGCUGCUUGAUCGACUGAAGUGGGAGGAGUCUCUUUCGUACGUGUUGGAGGGACAGAAGAGCUGCUGUCGCUUUGUGUUUGUUGAUGCCCCUGGUGACAUUGAGGUGGUCUCCCUUGGCGUCGUUGAAGUUUCGGUAAACUUGAAACGCACCGCAUGCCUACCACUACGAAUGUACACGGGGAAGUUUUUUAGCGGAUGGCCGUCUAUUCCAAUUUGGGACACCGUCACACAGACGGUGCGAUGCGUUGAGCGUAACUAUAACGUCUUUGCCUCUCUCUUGGGGGCAACUGGCGGUUCUGUUCCGAAGUUUCACAAAAGAAACUCCACCGCCUUGGCCGUGCCCCUGCCAGUGCGCUUUUCGCUCCCCAGCGAGCCCUCCCAGCGAUGGGCACUGCGGCACUCGCUUCACUCAUGGUUUAGCGAUCCACAAGUGGCAGGCCGGGUUCUUAGCUUCUUGGGGGACACGCUGGACUCCCUCCGCUUUCGCCUUCUUCACCCCGUAUGCGACACCGUCUUUGAGCGUCGUCAAGGCAUUCACUUGCUUCAACUCCUAUUUGCGACCUCUUUAGGAGACGUCUCCAUGCGCUGCUCUUGGGAUGCCCUCUCUUGGAUGCAGAGUGAGAUGCGUGAGGCAGAAAUCCCGCCCAUGCCACUUCUCUUGUGCCGAGUGUUUGAAAGCAUCGGAACGCUUCCUUCUCCUUUUCCAUAUGUGGCGGUGCCUCUCGAGCAGCAAUCGUUCCGCGUCUCCAAAUAUUUGGUGCCGCUGUUUAACCUACAAAGCUACUUUGAUGGACAAAUGAGGCCAUCCAUCGUGCUUGACAUGCGUGACGGCAUUGUGAAAGCCAUUCGGCUUCAAAAUGGCAUCUUCAUCCUCCAGAGAGUGUUUGGUGUGGGGUUUGAACAAAUUACAAGGCGUCAUCUUAGUCAAUUCCUUUACCGGCGGCGGAUGAGUGAGGAAGGACGCUUCUCUGACGAGGAUGCCUUGAUUAGCGACACAAUACAGGGUUUUCUAACCCCAUCCUUAUUUCGUCCUUUUAUGCAUGCCAGCGACGAGGAACAGGCUCUGUUGUUGCCACUUGCUGCAGCCGUGGAGGAUACUGGCAUUCAGACGCUGCCGCGCGAGAUGGAGCGUCGGCUUCCACUUCUUGCGUUUAAGUUUUUGACCGAAGACACUCUUCCAAAGUGUGGGGUUUCCUCUUCGACCGCACCGCAAAGUGACGGUGGGACGGAGGUGGAACACGAGCAAGCUGAUGUCCGACGGAUCCCGUGGACAUUGUCGCACUUGUUGGCCUGGUUCAAUGUACUGGCCUCUGAUGAGCACGUGCAGCAUUUUGGCUACUGCAGACGUUCUGUGGCGUUUCGUAUAUCCUCCCUGCGAGAGGUCUGUUCGGAGCAUGUGGAUCGAAUAGAGGAGGGCAACGCGUUUUUGUCGCGCCUCCGCUUCGCCGACUCCCCGCAGAGCUGCCUCUUGCACCAGGUAGUAGAUGCGUGGCUUUCACUCUGA